AUGAGCGACAAGGAUAAACUGAUAUCCAACGAGGAUGGCAAAGGAACUCCCCGACCUAGUUCCACUCCAAGAUCACCUUGGUACUGCGGAGUUGCAUUCCUUCUGUUCUGGAUAAUACUAUUCUUCGCAAUUGUAAUUCCCCUUUUCUACCGCCUGCCGCCAGUCUUGACAGUCGAGGACUCUGGCAAAGGGGCAUUUAUUGGAGAACGCGCCUAUAAAACUCUAAAUGAACUGGUUCAGAUUGGACCCAGGCUGACAGGCAGUGCUGCCAAUGAAGUGGACGCUGUGUCUUUUCUUCUUCUUGAGAUAAACGAUAUAAAGAAAAACCUUUUGGAAGAAUACUUCAAUUUGGAUAUUGACGUACAAAUGACCUCGGGCUCACACAUCUAUAGUUCCCUGCUCGAAAUGUACGAAGGUGUACAAAAUGUGGUUGUGAAACUGUCUUCGAAGAAUUCAACGAGCGAGUCUUAUCUUCUGGUUAACAGUCACUUUGACACAGUGUUGACUUCUCCGGGUGCAGGUGACGAUGGAUUUAUGGUUGCCACCAUGUUGGAGAUAUUACGAGUAAUGGCCACGACAAAGCAACACUUUGAGCAUCCUGUCGUCUUCCUGUUCAAUGGAGACGAAGAAAUGGGCAUGCAAGCCUCUCAUGGUUUUAUAACCCAACACAAAUGGGCAGGAAAUUGCAAGGCCGUUGUAAACCUAGAAGGAGCUGGAGGUGGAGGUCGUGAGAUUCUUUUCCAGACAGGUCCCUCACAUCCCUGGCUAUCAAGGUACUACGGGAAGAGUGCAAAACAUCCUUUGGCUACUACAUUGGCAGAGGAAAUCUUCCAAGCAGGCCUCAUAGAUUCAGCUACGGACUAUCGUAUCUUCGUGCAAUAUGGCGAUAUUCCAGGUCUUGACUUUGGGCAAUUUAUUAAUGGAUAUAUAUAUCACACCAAGUACGAUCGAAUCGAUGCGAUCCCCCGAGGCGCUAUCCAGAACACUGGAGAUAACAUUCUUGGUCUUGUUCGAGCCUUGGCCAAUGCACCUGAAAUGCACGAUACAUAUGCAAAUAGGGAAGGACAUGCAGUCUUUUUUGACUUCCUCGGUCUUUUCUUCGUCAGCUACACAGAGGAAACUGGAAAGACUCUGAACUAUGGCGUUUCUGGACUUACACUCAUUCUGAUCUUCAUUUCAGUUUGGCGAAUGUCAGCUGUCUCAUCCCUUUCCUCUUGUCACGUAGUGCAGCGCCUUAUAAUUCUUAUGGUUAUCCAGAUUUUAGGCUUUGUACUUGGACUGGCACUACCUAUACUGGUAGCGUAUUUCUUUGACAGUUUCGGACUGUCCUUAACCUACUUCAGUUCCCCCUACCUGCUCAUCGGACUAUAUGUAUGUCCUUCGCUCAUUGGUCUAACUCUACCCAUCACAAUUUACUACCAAUCGCAGCAGAAAAAUAAACUGCCUUUUGUCUACCACCUUCAACUGGGAUUGCACAGCUGGGCGAUCGUUCUGUCUCUUCUGGUGCUCGGAGCUACGACUUUUGGAAUACGUUCGGUAUAUGGUAUCACUAUUUCUCUUGCAUUUUAUGCCAUAUCAUUGGCUGUUAAUCUGUUGACCACACUUCACGACCGUGGCUACCGUUGGUCUGGCAUGUUUAUGAGUUUCCAGCUUAUACCUUUUCUAUACUUAAGCUCUCUCAUCUACACUUUCAUUGUGGCCAUGACCCCCAUGAAUGGUCGCUCUGGAAGUGCUUCGAAUCCAGACACAAUGAUUGCAGCCUUAUCAGCCUUGGGUACAGUGUUAUCUCUUGGGUUUUUGGCUCCUGUAAUUAAUAUGUUCCGUCGACCAACCUUCGUAGUACUCACUCUAGUGCUGGCAAGUGGAAUUACCAUGUACUUGGCUGGUAGUACUCAAAUCGGGUUCCCUUAUCGACCCAAGACUAAUAGUGAGCGAGUCAUGUAUCAGCACGUGAGGAGAAUCUUUUACGAGUACGAUGGAACUGUAAGCAAGGAUGAAUCCGGCUACUUGUUUAACUUCCAAGACAGGCGAGAAGAACGACCUUUCGUCGGGGUUAAUCUGACGGGAUCGGUGAGAACGAGAUCCGAAUGCAAUAAACAUAUGAUGUGUGGAAUGCCUUUGUUCGAUGAGCGUUGGGUUCAUAACCGUCUACAGGGAAUGUGGUUACCACGUGAAACUAUUGAACCUCCAUUCCCAACCAAACUGGAACUUAUAAGUAAAAAAGUGAUGAAAAACGACAGUACGAUUGUACGUUUCAAAUUUCGUGUAACGGGACCCCCUCACUUGAGUCUGUUUAUUGAACCCUAUAAGGAUGACUUCGUGACUGUAAGCAACUGGACAUUCUCGCAGAACUAUCUAAAAAAUCCUCCAGCCAGUCCACUAUCUUACCACAUAUUCAUCACGUUUGGCAUAGCUAAUCCAACUCUGGAUUUCACAUUGGAUAUUUCCAAACCCAAUGGAGACUUUGAAGUUCCAUUAUUCCAACUGGGAGUGUCGGGACAUUAUAUGGGUGACAAGGGUGACGAGAGCAGUCUGAAGUUGGCCUCUACAUUCCCAUCGUAUGCAAUACUAGUUCAUUGGCCAUCCACAUACCAAAGAUAUAUUUUUUAAAUUGGAAAAAUCCAUGUACUUAAAAUAAUUAUUAUAAAUUAAAUUUGA